ACUGUGCACUGUGCUGUGUUUUGCGUUCGGGGGACUGUGUGAUGAGCACGGUACGGGGCAGCCUGUGAAUUCUGUGUUAAAUAACGUGCAAGGCAACAUCGUUCCGUUGGUGGCCGAGCUGCUGCUUUGGUGCUGCUGCCCCAGUCUUACCGUACCGUGUACCGGGUGUCCUCCGCGCGUGUGUCCAACCUUAGCUCAGUGAAUCGCGAUUUCACCCACCCUUAAACUUCUGUGCGCGAGAUGGCAAUCCGAUCCCUACGGUAUGUGGCCAGCGUCGGUGCGAACGUGCCGAAACCUGUGGCCUGCAUCGGUGGUGCGUUGCAGCAGCAGCAGCCGCCAUUCAUCGGACACAUUGCACGAGUUGGAGCAGGAGCACCCAGCACCAGUGCCGCUGCCAGCUGGUCCGCGUCCGGAACGAGCGUACGGUUCUUCAGCGCACUGCACCACCACCCGUCGGCCCAGGGCAGCGACCGACGGUUCGAUCGGAUCGUGGCAGAACGUAACCUCUGUGCCCCGAAAGUGCACACGAUGGUAAACGCUCGCACGGUGGCGACGCAGGAAAUUAGCCGCAGCAUUCAACUGUUCACCGACAAGCCGAGAAAUGUGGAAAAGGAUCAGCAAACCCUAAGGCUGAAGCAACAGUGUGACCGGCCGGCGGUACUGAUCAUCUCCUGGCUGAAUGCGCGCCAGAAGCAUCUGGCCAAGUACGCCCAGCUGUACAUCGACCAAGGGUUCGACGUGUUCUGCACGCACAUCACGCCCUGGCAGCUGCUGUGGCCCGUCAAGGGAACGCAGUUGGUAGCGGCCGAGAUUGUCAAGUUUCUCAAAAACAACGACUUCAAGCACGGACUGGUGCUGCACGGCUUUUCCGUCGGCGGGUACCUGUGGGGCGAGUGUUUGGUGCACAUUGCGCGCGAUCUGCCCAACUACCAGGUGGUGCUGGAUCGCGUCAUCGGGCAGGUGUGGGACAGUGCGGCCGACAUUACGGAGAUAUCGGUCGGCGUGCCGAAGGCACUGUUCCCCAAGAAUCCAACCCUGCAGAGUGCGUUGAAAAAGUACAUGCUGUACCACAUGAAGGCUUUCCACGAGCCGGCCACAUCGCACUACAUCCGCUCGAGCCAGAUGUUCCACACGAAUCUGCUGCGCUGUCCGGCCCUGUUUCUGAUUUCGAAAACCGACCCCGUCGGUACGGUGGAGGCCAACACGCGCGUGAAGGACAGCUGGGAGCAGAGCGGCGUGAAGACGACGGUCAAGUGUUGGGAUCGUUCGCCGCACGUCGGCCACUUCAUGAAGCAUCGGGACGAGUACGUCGAUGUGCUGUUCCACCAUCUGCGGCAGCUGAAUCUACCGAGCCUGAAGCAGGAUGCGCUACUGCGGGCCAAACUGUAAAUGCCCACACGCACACGCGACGCCCUGUGAUACUUACGACGCGACGUGUGUUGGAGGGGGGGGGGGAGAUGUUCGGCUCGUCUCGUACCGCCGCGCCCGGUGUGUUGAUGUGCGGUGUGGCCCCAAAAGGCCGACCAAAAACCAGUCGCAAGCUGGUCGGAACAAAACAAAACAUACACACCUAAAAAGCGGCAGAAGGCCAAACGGGAUGUUGCUGAAACGAUGCAAACAAUUAUAUGAAAUUUAUUAGGCACAUUUUCUGUCGAGGUGGGAAAACAAGCAUUAUAUAUGGGAUAUUUUAAGGAAACAGAUUCAAAGUAGGUGUGCACCACUUCUCUCCCAAACACACCCCCAAUCAACCUUUACAAACACAUCCACACACACACACAUACUAUUUUUUACUACUGUCGAGCGCUAUUACGGUUGUAUCAUCACACGUACGACACGUGAUAAAUGCUAAUAAUUGUAUUUUUUUCAUGUUUUUUAUCUUUCUUUUAUAAUCAAUAAUCUACUCGUUUUUUUAUAGGUUAAAUACUACAGCUUUCCAUGAUGGGAAAUCAUUAGAAACAUUUACUUUCCACCAAUUCCCGAGUACAAUACGGAAUGGUUUUCCGUUUUCGAAUAUCCACAUUACACAACCGGACAUCCUUGUUUACCGGUAUUAAGCCCUUGAACCCGCAAUAUAUUAAUGAAAUAAUCCAAAUAAAGGUGUGAAGUGUAGACAUCAAACAGCAAA